UUUAACUUCCCUCUGCAGCUCGCUAACUAGUCUCACCAGCUGCAUCUCUGCUCUGUAAAGACGACAACCACCACAGCUAUCAUCAAAUCAGCAAAACAUGGAUUACACUGCGGCUCAGAGCGGCUUCAGACAGCAGCCAGAUAUGCGUCAGAGAACCGGUGCCAUGGACGGUUCAGAUGGCAGCCAGCUGUUUGAGGAUACCAGUGGAGUUGGUUUGGGACCACAGAUGGGCUACAGGAACCAGCCGGUCGGGCCUCAGGCGGCAGGUUUCGCUGGCCAGUCCCUCCUCUCAGACCCCAUGUCUAACCUGGCCAUGGUGUAUGGAAGCUCACUGGCAUCACAGGGGAGAGAAAUGGUGGAUAAAAAUCUGGACCGGUUCAUCCCAAUCUCUAAACUGAAGUACUACUUUGCUGUGGACACAGUGUACGUGGGAAAGAAACUUGGUCUUCUAGUUUUCCCUUAUAUGCACGAGAACUGGGAAGUAAGCUACCAGCAGGAUACUCCUGUGGCUCCACGCUUUGACGUGAACGCUCCCGAUCUUUACAUUCCUGCCAUGGGCUUCAUCACGUACGUGCUGGUGGCUGGACUGGCCCUCGGCACACAGAACAGAUUUUCUCCAGAGCUGCUGGGAGUUCAGGCCAGCUCAGCAUUUGUGUGGCUCGUCAUGGAAGUCCUGGCAGUCCUCCUGUCGCUCUACCUUGUCACCGUUAACACCGACCUCACAACCAUAGACCUGCUAGCCUUCUCUGGCUACAAAUAUGUUGGGAUGAUCGUAGGUGUAGUUGCGGGACUGUUAUUUGGGAGGCCAGCGUAUUAUCUCUCUUUACUGUGGUGCUGUGUUGCCAUCUUUGUCUUUAUGAUCCGUACUCUGCGUCUGAAGCUGUUAUCUGAGGCGGCAGCAGAGGGGCGGCUGGUGAGAGGAACCAGAAACCAGUUGAGGAUGUACCUCACCAUGUCUAUAGCAGCGGCACAACCCAUCUUCAUGUACUGGCUCACUUACCACCUCGUCAGAUAAAACCAGGAACACACACACACACACACACACAGACACACACACACACACACACACACACACACACACACACACACACACACACAGUAGUAGUGUAGAAGAUGAACUUGGCUCGUCCCCUAAAAAACACACAAACACAUACAUCGAUGAAGCUGGACUUGAAUGAAACACACACUGGACGCAGUCGUCUGGGUAACCAUCUCACGAGUCCCCAGACUUAAAGACAGAAGUACACGUUAAACAAGACUCACUCCAUCUACGCAUGGAGCAAGAACAACAUGCUACAAGACGAUUACGAGAAGAUCUGAGGCUUUAAUGUCUUUUCUCUCAGAGCACAGCUGCAUUUCAUUGCUAUUGCCUUUUUUUUUUUUUUUUUUUUUGUUAUGUAAUGUCUCCAAAACAUUUGUAGCAACUGGCUUUAAGUUGUUGUUUUUUUCUAUACUGUUGUAAUUAUAUGUUAAUUAUGUUUUUUUUAGGCAUAUUUAAGUAUCUAUGUUUGUUUGUUUGUUUGUUUGUUUUGUAGUAAUUGUUUAUUACUGAGUCUGAAAUAUCUCAUACGGGAUUUUUUUGUCUGAGCCGACAGAAGAAAAGCACACUAACCUCACACAAACCGUCCAUAUAGCGAAAAAAGGAAAAAAAAAAAAAGAAAGUUUGAAAGUGAUCAGCUGCUUUCGACCGGAACGACUUCUUCUUCUUCUCUGGUCUUUUUUUAUGUUUGGUUCGUAGGUGAGGAAAUACCUGCUCUGUCAUCUGGACUAUGAUCUGUAUGUAUGAUCCAUUUUUAUCUGUUUAGUCUUUUUUUUUUCAUAUGUGCUUCGUUUACAUGUUAUAAGCUUUUGCUGCCUGACGACUCUUCAAUAGAAAUAUCAACUGUGUGUAAAACCACAAUGACACGUCAAUGUGAUUUUGAUAUCCUUUUAAAAAAAUUCAAGUAAAUUAUUUUACUGCUUUUCAUAUUGAAAGUCAGAUGGAAUAAAGAAAUGAAGAGAUAGUCUGUUCUGUGAAAAUUGUCUCCUUGAGAUACUUGAAAUAUAUCAGAAUUGCUUUCAUUAAUGUGCUUAUGGAUCAUAUAAUGUCACUAUAAAACAAACAUACUGUCUAUUCUUGUUUUAUGUAGCCAAUCUUUAACUUUAAGUCAAACCAGGGUUGAAUCCACUUUAUAUAUUAAAGUCAGGAACUUCUUCAAAAUUCAGGAUCUUUGCAUUGUCCUCAGAUUAAACUUGCUUAAAAUGCUCAUGUCAGUUAACUUAGGUGCCAAUAAAGUUUUUUUUUUUUUUUUUUAACAAAUAUGACAAAAGUGCAAGUUCUCAUUUAAAUAGAAA